GCUUAUUUAUGCAUACAAAUCAACCAUCUAAAGAAAAGGCGGCGCACACAAUGGAGAACGAUCGUGUACAUCAGUACAGUCCUCCAGUUGCAGUCUCAGCUUCUACUGCAUCUCAAUAUCGUCACUUUUCUUCUACUGGACCUUUGGCUGCAGGAGGCAUUCCGGGACCCCAAGAUCUCUUGAACAUCAAAGUCGACUUGGAAAACCUCUUGCCUGAAGCGGAUGCGAGAUUGCGUUUUUUAAGAAAGGAUUCGAAAUAUCUUGAAAGAAUUACGAAAAUCCGUGAUGAUAAAAAUACUCAUCCUCAAAGAACAUCCCCACCAGGAGCAAACGAAAAUAAUGUAGGCAAUUCAGUGGGAAAACAAGAUCAAGCAGCGAAUGGCAAACAUGUAAACUCAAAUUCUCCAAAGUCAAAAAUCCGUUCUGAGAGAGAAGCUGCAUUGGCUCACUUGCGACGACAUCAUCGGCGGGAUGAAUCCAAUCGAGCAAAAGAAAACCAUGGGAAAUCGUCCUGACUCAUCUCAUGCAUUUGGAAAAUCUCAAAGAAAUAAAGGAUCACGCUCUAGAUCCCGAAGCAUGUCUCCUCUCUCUAUGCCUAAUUUCCCCAGACCUUCAAAGCAACCACCGAAACCUCAUCAAGGCUCAAAGGCUAAAAAGAGAAAGCCAGAUUCAUAUAAAUCAGCUAAUCAACGUGCUCCUCCACCACCUCCAGAGAGUCGAGUAAAAGAAGAUCUUGGAUUUGUGGUAGUUAAACCAAAGGAUCAAGUGCCUGUUGCCAACUUUUGGGCUGCUGUAGAACCAUGCUUUCGUCCAUUGGCAGAAGAGGAUCGGAACUUUUUAUUGGAACAAAGUGACAACACUACGCCUUAUAUUAUCCCAACUUUGGGCCGUCCAUAUAGCGAACUGUGGGCCGAAGAGGAUCAUAACCUUGUACCUGCCCUAAGUAGAUCGCACUCCCCAGCCUUGGGCUCCUCAACAGCAAGCUCUCGCCAGGGUUCGCACGACCACCUAGCAAAUGAGACUGGUGCACCCCCAGAACGACUCAAGUACCUCGUCUCCAAACACUCUCUUACUGAUGAUCAUUUGAAUACCCAAGAUCUGAGCUGUGGUAGUCUAACGGAGCGACUGUUGAGCAGUUUAAUCCGAGAAGAUAUCGUAGAUCCUUCUGAAGCCCCGUUUCAACAGGACGCAGAUGAUGAUUUUACGGGAGUGAGCACGGGCGAGAAAGAUAUAGAAAUGCCAGGAAAGACCGUUUUAGAAAUUCUGCCUUACCCACCACCAGAGAUCGUGGAUUUCGAAGAGAGACUGAGGCGAGAGUUACGAUAUGCUGGACUACUAGGAGAGGAUGAUGUUGAUUGGAAUUCAAGAGAAGACGAUGAAAUAUGUGCUGAAUUGCGCAAGUCCUCUCGUGAAUUGAAAGAACAAGUGGCUAUGAAUACAUCCCGAAAAAAGAAACUUCUUGAUAUUGUGGAUCGUCAACUUCAAUACGAACAAUACCGGCAUGUACUGGACACUCUUGACACUCAAGUGGAGCAAUGCUACAUCAAACGAUUCAGAACUCAAAAGUCUAAGAAGCGGAAAAUGGCUUCCUCAUCAAGACCAUCUUGUCUAUCCGAAAAUGCGGUAUACGCCAUGGAAAAACGGCGAACUUGGAUUAAUGCUCUUGGUGGUAUUUUCAAGGACAAGAACCUUAUUAUGCCUACCAAAUCUAUUUAUGAAGAGACCGAACAAGGAUAGUCAAUGUACAUUUCUUUAUCAUUCUUGUUAUUAUUCUUCACUGUACAUGUAUUUCAUUUAUUAUUCAUCUUCUCCUCUUUUAUAUUGCAAGGCCUCCUAUCCAUUUUAUUUCUAUUAUUAUUAUUUUAUAUUUAUUGAUACUAC